AUGUGGACGCCCAGCAUUCGUGCUGGUGUUGCCACGCAUGGUCCUUGCUCUGAGCUUCAGCACUCUGUUUGGGAUGCCUGCCUGUGGCCAGUGCUGGGCAAGUGGGAUUCUGUGAUGGCAACACUGCUGCUGCUGCUGCUCAACAUCUUUGCACAAGUUGGGUUCGUGUUAGUGGUGCAAAUCGACAUGCUGGAAGAAGUCCUGACAUCAGAGAAGCUGGACGAGCUCACUUCUCGUCAGAGAACUCUGGCAGAUAGUAGGAGAGCGUCCCGCAGGGAGCCACCCAGGCCCAGCGCGGUGAAGUCCUCCUUCGAGGCCGAGGUCGGUGAGCUGCCCACAUUCAGGUUUGAUGCGGUAGAUGGCCCGAUUCAUGUGUGGCAACACGCUUUUGACCUGCGGGACGUGUUUGGUACCAGUGACGACGGCAUCAUUGUGCUGUACCACUACACGAGCAUCCUUCCCUUCGAGAAUGUUGCAAACCUCGAUCAAAGUGCCGCCGAGCUUUUCGCAUCCCUCGUGGACAAGCGCGCCCACUUCGGGAAAGGUGUGUACGCAUCCCAGCACGAGCCAUCUGUCUGGAAGCUGCGCCUUCGAGUCCUCCUGAACAACGACAGCAACAGCAGCCCUUUCAGCGACUUGGCUGUGCGUCUUGUGGCUUGGUUUUCUCUGUUUCAGUGCGGUGUACUGGGAGUUCCUGGGAGUGGAUGCAAAGCCCGUGUCGGCGCAGGGGGCCCGGAGGACGAAGAAGCACAGCGUGUCUGUCGCGAGUGGGGCGAGCAAUGCGCGUCCGGCCAUCGUGGGGCGUUCUGCAUCCCCAUGCUGGUCCCGAAGGCCAUUGCACACAACAUCUUCGAGCGUCAAACGAGACGCGGUCGCACCCAGCCGGAGCUUGCCAAGAAGGUGGUUCGCCUUGGGGAAGACUACAAGGGCAUGCCGGUGGAUCGUGCUCGGGACGUCUGGGUGGUUCGUGUUGUGGAUGGCGCUGGUGAAGUGCGACACGCCUCUGCAAAAGCGGACACGGUGCUCCGGCUGCUGCGACUGCGCCUCGCUAAGUCGGAUGACGUGCCAACAUCCUGUGCGAUCAGAUGGGAGUUGGCACGGAGGCUGCAGGGCCGUGGGCUGUUGAGCGAGGCUGAAGAGACCUUAAAGAAGUGCCUCUCAGAUGCCGUGCGCGCCGCCCCGAGGAGGCUUGUACCCGUCAUGAACAACCUUGCGGCUGUGAUCUACUUCCAAUGGCGUUUUCUUGAAGCGGAGGCUACCUAUCGCAAGGUGCUGGAGAUGUGCCCGAGCCUCAGGCUCCAGGUCUUCUUUGCAAGGAGCAUUCUGAUCGCUGUGAGCCAUGCCAGUGCCAAGAGCGAGUCGAAUGACAUUUCCACGCUGACGGCGAUGGGAGGCCUCGCCACAACUCUCAGAGAGCUUGAACGGCUGAAGGAGGCAGAGAAGAUGGCGUCGGAUGCGCUGAGUGGAUGUCAAAGGCUUAGCAUGUCGCAGCAAGUCCUGCUUGCGAGUGCUGCUUGCAAGUGCUGCUUGCAAGUGCUGCUUGCGCAGAACCGGCUGGAGGAGGCCGAGCCACUCUACCGUGAGGGUCUGGAAGGUCGGGCCGCCAAGGGUGAGCAUCACCCCGAGACGCUGACGAGCAUCUUCAAUUUGGGGAUUCUUCUUAAAAAGCUGGGGCGCUUGGAAGAGGCGGAGGCGUUGGUUCGUGAGGCCGCGGAGAAGAGCAGUGCAGCCAAGCUGGGGCACCGCCAUUUCGAGACGCUGAAUUGUCUGGAAGGCCUUGCCGCCGUGGUCUCCGGGCAGGAGGAGGAGGAGGAGGAGGAAAAGUUGCUUUUGGAGGUGUUCGAAGCACGUGAGAGUGUGGCCACUCUGGGAGAGGGCCACCCGGCCACGCUGAGGACCCUUCGGGGGCUGGCCUGGCUCCGGAAGAAGCAGGGGCGCCUUGCGGAGUCGGAGGCGGCGUUGCGAGAAGCCUUGGAGAGCAGCGGUCGACGCGCAGCAGAGCAGAUCUUUCCGACUGUGGAAUCCCUAGCAUCUCUGGCAGAGCUGCUCUCCGGCGAAAGGCGGUUUGAGGAAGCCGAGGUGCUCCUGAGAGAGGCGUUGCGAAUCUGUCGAACUGAGCUGGGUGAGCCGCACCCGAGAACGCUGAAGCAGAUCGACGACCUCGCAGUUCUGCUUCAGGUCCAGGGGCGCCUAGACGAGAUGGAGCCGCUGCUCCAGAAAGCGUUGAGUGUACGCCGUGCGGAGCUGGGUGAAACUCACCCAGACACAUUGAAGAGCCAGAACAACAUGGCCAUGCUGCUCGUAGCAAAGGAGCGCGUUGAAGAGGCGGAAUCCCUUUUUCGCACGGUGCUGAAGAACAGUCAAAGCCUCAGUUGA